CUCUGAAGGCAUCAGCCCGAAUGUCUGAUUCAUCGUACUGGCCUCACCAUUCCGAUAUGCGCGGAGAUCGCGCCCUCAGGGAGCUGCCAAGUCCUCCGCAAGCGCAUUCGGUAGCCCAAGAGGACUUCAUCGACUGGCAGAAAUGGCGAGAUCCCAACGCACCGGUCCAGGAGAAUGCACCGUGGCUCCAGUAUCCCGGUUCUGAUCCACCUACGGCGGAGGACUUGCGCAAGGCGCUGUUCAUUCCGCCCUUCUCGCCCCCUCCUGAGCAUUGGCGGGCCCUUAUUCCCCUGGAUCUCAUCCCGGAUAAGGACGGCUCGUACACGCAUCCGAUCAACCAGCUUCCCGUCGAAUUGCUGUCUUACAUCUUCACGCGAUGCUUGGACCUAGAAGCGAGCAACCUAGCUCACGCUGAAGUCGACUCAAACUUCAUCUCCCUGCUCAUUUCUCGCGUAUGCCGGCGCUGGCGCCUGAUCGCGCUGGACACACCCUUUCUAUGGCAGCACUUCCUCAUGGCGCCCUGCAAGAAUCGGUCCCACUAUGCGAUCGCGCGCCUGUUCCUGAAGCGGACGAAGGGCAUGGGGAUGCACAUCCGCUACGCCGAGAACACACUCCGCGGCGCGCGCACCGGGUCCUGCCCUCGGGCUUGCGCCCUCGAUUUCAUCAUCAGAAAUAUCUCUCAGAUCGUAGCCCUGGAGCUCGAAGGCCCCAGGGGCUCCACCGUUAUGCGCUUGACCGCAGUACGCCGUGGUUCUAUCUCGAUGAUGAAGCGCUUCGUCCUGAGGACUCGAUCUCCCAACAUGGAUCCCUCGCUUGCCCGUGGGCUCCAUCUAAUAUUCCUCUCCAACGGCCUGCGCGAGAUCAAAUGGAACCUUGCCACCUUCGUACCCGAAGAGAUCUCCUGGACGCGGCUGCACUACCUAUCGCUGAGCCAUUGCCCAAUUGAGCAGCAUACACUGCUGCGUAUCCUACUCAGCGCGCCUGCGCUGCAAGAGGCGCAUGUGGAGGUAGCGAAAGCGCUGGGCCCGGCGAAGCGCUUCACAGCCGUCCAUGCGGACGCGCUGCACAGCCUGACCGUCGAGGGAGAGGGGCCCCAGGACCAGCUGCUUGAAGCUCUCCAUCUUCCCGGCUUACGGGUGUUCAGUCUGCGACCCUUGUCGUCGCUCUCGCACGAGGCCUCGAGUAAUAGCCCGGGCUGGCCAUUCCUUGAUGCCAGCGUCCUUUAUGGAUUUCUUAGUCGUGUUCAGGGAAGCCUCGAGCGCUUCUACCUGCUGUACGGCGGAAAGACCUUCGACGAGGCUGCACUUGUCCAUCUCAUCACCACCCCUCAAUUCUCGGAGAUCCAGAUCCUCCACGCCAUUGACGUAUACGGAAACGUCGGCGACCUUUUCUUCUCUCAGCUUUGUCAGGGAAAUGGGAGCGUGCCCGCUCUUCCCCAUCUCUCCAGGCUUAGUCUGACUGAUUGCGUAACCACGGACGGCAUCAUCUCUCGCGCACUGGACGCCCGUCACAACGCAGGCUAUCCUAUUCGCGAUGUCAUUCUGGGAUAUCCUACUGGAUAUCGUCGCCCUCAUCGCAAGGAUCGUGCUACGUUCGCGAAGCUCAUACAGGCUAAUUGGUAUAUUCUAUGGGAAGAAGGCCUAUAACCAUAGGGGAAAGGACUCGGUCAUCGUUACAUGUACUAUGCUGCGUACAACCCUCUUGGUAUCUGUAUCUAUGGCAGGGCCUGGUGGGGUCGCGUGUCUCUCACUAGAAUGGUCCACUCUGCAUCAGGACGCGACAUUUUGACGUAUGUAUGAAGGUGGCCCUCUAGACGCG